UCCAGUUGAAGUUAUGUCACGAGAAAAUCCUGCUGUCCUUGUUUGUUGUGGACCGGGACAUAAUGGCGGAGAUGGGCUUGUGUGUGCCAGACAUCUGAAAAUGUUUGGAUAUAAGCCGACUUUAUUUUAUCCACGGAGAGCAAACAAGCCUUUGUUUAAGAGAUUGUUUAGACAGUGUGAAAGCCUAGACAUUCCUCUUCUGUCAUUUUUUCCGUCUGAACCAAAUCUAAUUACAGACUCGUAUAACUUUGUUGUCGAUGCAUUGUUUGGAUUAGGCUUUAAAGGUAAUGUGAUCAAUAUCAGGUUUAUAUUCAAAAGUCAAUUUCUUUUAAACCCGUUGCUAGGGGAUCAUUGUGGAUGGGAUAUUGAGGCAGGUGAUGAAAAUGGACUAAAACCAGACAUGCUUAUCUCCCUUACCGCUCCUAAAAUGUGUGCGAAGUUAUUCAAAGGCAAACAUCACUUUCUUGGAGGACGUUUUGUUCCAAAAACACUUGAACAGAAAUACGAGUUGAAUUUACCGGUGUACGCGGGCUCUGACUGUAUUGUUGAAAUAAAAAUCGAAAAUGAAGAAACCAAGUACCAAGAGGAAAAUGACACCACUUAAACUUUAUAAAAUGUGAUUUGAAAUCCUGUCUAAUAAGUUUAGGCAAUGAUUAGUUUAAUUAUCACUGUUGUUUGUUAAACUAUAUUAGACCUUAAACAGUCAUGAUUCCACUGCAAUGAUAUCAAACGUAAUCAUUUGUUUGGUAGAAGUGUAUAUUACAUAGAACAAUGCAUUUUGUAAUGCUUUUGAUUGUGAAUAUUAAUAUUACAAUGCUUUUUGCAUUCCUUUGAUUGUAUUCGUGCUCAUUUUUUAUUUGUUAUUAUUAUUAUUUUUUUAUGAACUUAUUUUGGAGCCAUAUGACCUAAACUAAGUAAGUCCGCCUUUUAAACCAAACCAGACAUGAAAUAUAUAUUACAUUUAUUGUUGAUAUACGAUCACAAAAGAAACUUGAUAAGUUGUUGUGUAAUAUGAAACAAAACAUGGCUGUGUAAUUGCGUUGAAAUUA